GAAUUAAUUUGCGGAAUGGUGGGGCGCAAGAAUUUCGUUGUCAUUUACAAUUUUCGUUCUACGAAUCAAAUUUGUAGGUCUUUUUUGAUGUUAAUUACGUUCAAAAUGGCUCCACACACAGUUUCUGCAAAUUCAGAGCAAAUAGAAACACUCCUCAAUUUCUUGUUCGAGCAUAAGGACCUAGCUCGCGGGAGAUUGAGGAGUGCCGAAGGCAAACUCCAGGCAAAGAGGCUAUGGGAAGAAUUGUGCAAUACACUCAAUUCCGUGGGUGGUUGCACAAAAACUGUUAAGCAGUGGCAAAAAGUAUGGUUUGAUAGAAAACAUUUAACCAAAAAAGCUGCUGCUGAAUCCUUGAAGUCGGCUUCUACGACUGGAGGUUGUCCAUCAACGGCACCCCAUCUCAGUGAAUGGGAACUGAAGGUACUGGCAAUAUUGGGAGAUGAGUUUGGUGAACACCAGGCUGAAGCCAGAGUGCCAGCCUUUAGGAAGACCGAUGAACCAAUGCCGUCCAUUUCCAGUCAAGCAAGUGACCCACUGUAUUUAAAAACGGAGUAUGAUGAGCCCAACCAGAUGUCAGAACCUCCGAGUCAACCCGUGUCACAGGACUUUCUGACUUCCAGACGUUUCUCACAAUCUACACGUUCCUCCAGAAGGAGACGAUCUGCUGUUGGUACUGAUGGUAGAAGUAGGUUGCUCCAACUUGAAGAGCAGCGUGCACGUAGAGAAACCGUCAGGAACACCGAGCUCGCUGGUAUCAGGGGUGCCCUGUUACAGCUGUGCGAGAUUUUUAGGGAAUUUUUAGACAAACAUUAAGUGUUGUUGAAAUAAGAUCGUCUUUGUUGUUUAAUUCAAUUUAUAAUAUUAGUUUCCCUGUAGUAGUAGC